GCGGAGCGAUUUAUAUUUUUGAAAAUAAAAUAUAUAUCAAUAGUCUUUUACACCUAAAGAAAUAUAGUGUGUAAAUUGUUUUAGAAAAAAAAACGUACUGGAUAUAAGAAUCUAUACAGAACCUAUGACAGAAAACGCAAAAAUGCUGCUCCAUAUAUUAGUGUACGGAAUUAUACUACUGGCUACAAAUCUAGACGUAUAUGGGUUCAACUUGGCCUCAACUGACGAAACAACACAAUAUAUGGUAUCACCUGUUGUUGCACAAUUUGGUAUCGAUUCAUCACUUCAACUACCCACCAACGUGAACAGUUCUUUCUAUGGAUACGACUUCAAAGUAAUUGUCAAUAGCGGUGGAAAUAUCAGCAUGUUGAUCGGAUCUCCAAAAUUGAUAGAUCCUGCCUCUAUAAAUUUGCAGAUAUCUGGAAGCACAAACAAAACGGAACAAAUUGAGCCAAAAGGAAGCGUUCACGUUUGCCAACUUAACGAGACGAUUUUUCAAUGGAUAUCACCAAAAUGUACAGUUAGUAAACCCACAAAGCCCAAAGCAGGAGACAAUUUCGGAAUAUCAAUAUCGACAACGGUUUCGGCGAAUAUUACGUCAUGCUCGAUAACUCGAAUGCAAGAUUGUGGAAUUUUGAGCUACACACCAGGAUUUUGUUUCAAGUCCAACAAUUUUGGUUUAACGUGGGAAAAGGAUCAAAGAACCCAAAUGCUUGAAUGUCCGAGAGGAAAUGUUGAACUUCUAUUUGUCUUGGAUGGUUCUGGAUCCGUUGGAGAACAAAAUUUCCAGAUAGUCAAGAACUGGGUAAAGACUAUAACCAAAAAAUUAGACAUUGACAAAGGCGCAGUAAAAGUUGGAGUCGUUCAAUAUUCAAAUUAUGAUAAUACUCUAGACAUUCAGAAGCAACCCCAAAUUAAAACACAUAUCAAAAUAGGAGAGUACACCGACUACCAAUCUUUUGCUGCUGCCAUGAAAACGAUACAAAUAUUUAAAUCCUUUACCUAUACCGGUAAAGCCUUGGAGAAAGUUAUUUACGAUUUUGAAGAAACGGAACAUUUCAAGGGAAAAACAGCAAAGCAAGUUAUGGUUCUACUAACGGAUGGAAAAGCUAACGAUCCAGAGUCGAUUUCGUCAAAUGCCGAAACAUUACGGGAUAUGGGAGUAACAACUUACGCUGUUGGAGUUGGACACUAUAAAAGAAGUGAACUAAGAUUAAUUGCAAAUGGUAAUUCAUCGGACGAUACUCGCGUAUUUAUAGCUACAAACUUCGAUGGACUCGAUGCAAUCGCAAAUGACUUAGAAAAUGAGAUUGGAAGUCUUGCUUUAGAAGGUUCGAGUGUGGGACAAACAACAGCUGAAUAUAAAAUGGAAUUCGGGGCAAUGGGUAUUGUUGCAGUAUACAGUACAUUGAAACCGGAGAUUCGAAGACUGCAUAAUAAUACUUUAACCAGUUCGACUUUCAUGAGUUUUAUUUCAUCAAAGAAAACAGCAUCCUUUCUCGUUGGUUAGCCACAGAAGUUGAUACGACAUAGGAUGGGGGUCCGUCAAAAACAAGAUUCACAAACAGUGAUCCGCGACCCAAAAAGUUUGGGAAACACUGCAGUAUAUAUGGUAGCCGAUAUAGAUGUUUCCUCGACCCUUGAGCCCAGAAAAAUCACGCUAUACUUUACUAUUGAAAAAUUUCAGAUGCCUAUUUUGCGAGUGUUUCAGAGAGUUGGGUCUUACAGCAAUUUGAUUUAACCACGUGCGCAUACAGGUGCUACACUACUAGUUAAUUUUAGCCUAGUCUAUCACAGCUUUUUCGGACUAAUUUUUGAUUAUGGUAAUUAAACUAAAACUAAUCAGAAGACAUAAUGACAAUAAAAAACCUCAUUUGCUGCUAAUUUUUGCAACACAGAUGGAAACUGACAAAUAACAAACAAACGGCGAAAACGAGGCAAUGUUUACGAUCGUGCUUGAAUAUCUAUCCGGGUCGAAGUGACUAUAAUUAUGGUGGGUAAUCGAUGUUCGGGGAAACAUCCAUUACACAUAGAUGUAUUGAUAUAUUGCUAUGGUCGAUAUCGACUACGUUGGCAAAAGCAUUUACAGAUCCGACAAGUUUCAAAAAAUGACAGUUCAGAAGUCGCAAUUGUGGUCUCCACGUGCCUUGGUCGAUAUCGGUCAAAACAGUAAUAUCGAUACAUCUUCAGUAUGCAAUGGUGUGAAUUGUGAGUGUGUAUGAAUGGAAGAUAUCGCGAUAUUUGGAAUCUAUAAUGAAACAAUUGGUUCGGUGUUUGUGUUCUGUUUAAGCGAAAUGCGUGUCGGUGUCGCGUUGAGUGAUAGUUUCUCGCUAUGCUUAUACAGCCAAAGGAAUUAAAUACGCAGCCCAUCGAAUCAUAUGUAGCCUAUAUACUGCAGGAGUGAGUAAGGUUGUUAGAUAAAACAUCAAAAUUUGGUUUUAGUUUGGUUGUGGCAGCAUCCGGCGGGCCAGAUUGAAUUACAAAACGGGCCGGAUUUGGCACGCGGGCCGUAGUAUACCCCUGUAUAUAAGAUUCUUUCUAAUGAUUGUCGGUAUAUAGGCAUACAUGUUGUGUUGUAUGCAUAGUGAUUUAUGGCAAUAUCAUAUUCUUCGCUGCAUAAGCAUGUUACGUUACUAAUCCUUCCGGCCGUAAAAGCGCAAUGAUAUAGGGACAUAAAUGUCCUAACAACAAUCGGGAAUUUUUCGAGGUGGAAAAAGGUAGGUUUCAACUCUGACUAUACUAAUUAUUUUUAAUUUCAAUUUGAUCCAAUUUUCUUAUACCGUAGGUGUUUUUACAAAUACUUAAAUUAUUGUAGAUAUAUAUAAUAUAUUGUAUAUAUAUAUAGCUCAGAAGAAUUUUGUAAGUGAUAACCGUAUUUUUAAAAUUUUGUUUUUUGACUUCGAUUUGAGAAAAUCGCCUCCUUACAGACGGAUUAUUUUGUUUAUAAGCUUUUUACAGGCCUGUUUCACAACUUCGGUUGCGACCUGUAUGGUAGACCAUCUAUGUUCCGUUACCGAAAAGUGUACCAUCUCACAGUUCCGAGGCACGGUAUAUUAUUACAUAUCAAAGGAUUUAAUGACAAAUGCAGAUCA